GCUGUGUCGAAAUCUCUCACAGCUUCCUUCAAGAUAAAUAAAUCCAGAAGUCGGGUAAACAAUGAAGGAAAAGAAGAAGAACAGAUGGAGAAAAAGACUAUAUGUGUGUGUGUGUGAUCUCCAAUUUUGCAAGAAGAAGGGAAGGAGGAGGCCUCCCUCCGGUUCUGCUCUUCCAAUCGGUUUCCAGCAGAUAAGACUUUUCCUUCCCUCCUCCUCCUCCUCCUUCUCUCUUUCAUCCUUUGGUUCAUUCCUUCUUUCCUUUUUGGCAGAACGAAGGGGAUCAAGCUGCCCUCGCCAGACUCAGGUUUGAGGAGAGGUUUGACCUCCUUUUUCACAUUCUGUUCUUCUCCUCCUCCUUCCUUUGCUUUUCUGACUUUCCUCUCUCAACUUUCCUUCUUCUUUCCCUCCUUCUCUUCGUUCCUUUCUUCCCUUUCCUUCUUCUUUCCUUCCUUGUGUUCCUUCUCUUUUCCUUCUUCCCUCCCAUACAUUCUCCUUCUUCCUCCUCUUCUCUUGAUCCUUCUCUCCUCUCCCACCUUCCCCUCUUCUUCCUCUUUUCUCUCCUUCCUUCCCUGUCUUCUUCCUUCUCUUCUUCCUCUUGUCUUCGCCACCCUUUCCUCCGAGAUGCCCCUUCCCGGCCGGCGCCUGGCCCCCUUCUUCUGCCUGGGAUUUCUAGUUCUCUCGGUGGCCCUGGGGGUCCUCUUGACCGUCCUCUUGACCCGAAGAGAUGGGCCCCACCAUUGCCUCCCGCCAAGAUACGCAUCGGCCGCCGUCGCUGCCGACACAAGGACCUGCUCCCAGGUUGGAAGGGAUUUGCUGAGGGCCGGAGGGUCAGCGGUGGACGGGGCCAUUGGGUCCUUGGUCUGCACUUCAGUCUUGAACCCGCAAAGCAUGGGCCUCGGCGGAGGGGUCAUCUUCACCAUUUACGACGCCCAGAAAGGAGAUGUAAAGGUGAUCAAUGCUCGGGAGCGUGCCCCUCAGAAUUUCCCCCAGAAUUUAUUAAAUCAAUGCCAUGAUGGGCUGUUACCAGGGCCUCAAUGGGUGGCUGUUCCUGGGGAACUGAGAGGCUAUCAAGAAGCCCACCGGCGCUAUGGGAAACUCCCUUGGAAGGCACUCUUUGAACCCACCAUCCAGAUCCUCCGCUCUGGAACCCGGAUCUCAAGUGUCCUGAACCGGUUCUUGAACCACACAGCAUUGCAUUCAGCUUUGGAACGCUCCUCUUUACGGAAACUCUUCGUUGAUGAAAGGGGAAACUUUCUGGGUUCCGGAGACCUCCUUCGAUGGCCUUCUUUAAUACGGACGCUUCAAGCAGUGGCCGAAAAUGGCGCUGACGAGUUUUAUUUGGGGGAAACGGCAAAGAAGAUGGUUCAGGAUGUUCAGAAAGAAGGUGGGAACUUGACCCUGGAGGACCUCCGGAAUUACAACGUGAGCGUCCGAGACGCCAUCAAGUCCGAACUGAAGGAAUAUUCCAUUUAUUCCGCCCCUCGACCCGCCGCCGGUCCCAUCCUGUUCUUCAUCCUCAACAUCCUCAAAGAGUUUAAUUUCACCAAAGACACGAAGAAAGCCGAGGCCUAUCAUUAUAUCGCGGAGGCUCUGAAGUUUGCCAACGGACAGAAAGUAAAACUCGACGAUCCGGAUUUUUCCAAUAUCACCGAGGAUGUCUUGGAGGAAUUGAUCUCGGACCGCUUUGCCCAUGAGGUGCGGAAACGGAUCGACGCACGGGGAGACCACCCUUUGGCGCAUUAUGCAAAGGCAAACUUGCCCCGAUCGGGGCCCUUUGGGACGUCCCACGUGGCCGCCGUGGACCAAGAGGGCAACGCCGCCUCCGCCACCAGCACCAUCAACCACCCCUUUGGUUCGAUGGUUUACUCGGCGCAGACGGGCAUCAUCCUCAACAACGAAAUGGCUGAUUUUUGCAUGAAGCAAUCCCAGCGGAAAAUCUCUCCUGGCGAGAUGCCUCCGUCCUCGAUGGUCCCGUCCGUCCUUCUCUCCAAAGGCCGGGAGGCCGUGUUAACCAUCGGCGGGUCGGGAGGGACGCUCAUCAUUCCCGCCGUCGUCCAGGCCAUUGCCAACACGUUAUGGCUGGGGGAGGAGCUGGACGCGGCCAUCGAGGCACCCAUCCUGUACGCCGACACAAAGAACAACGCCAUCCGCGUGGAGUCCACCUUUGAUCAGGGCACCCUCUCUCUCCUGGGGGCCAAGGGCCACAACGUCAGCGUCAGGCCUCUCAUGCUGAACGUGGUGCAAGGCAUCUCCCGGGACGGCCCCUGCCUCUUCCCCUACUCCGACCGCCGGAAGAACGGAGAGGCUUCCGGAUACUGAGCUUGCGUCCUCGUGACUUAGGAGGACCCCCCAGAUCCUAGAAAUGGGCAAGCGGGGACAAAGCACAUGCCAAAGGCAGACCAUGACCUCCAUUUGGAGAGAUUCAUCGUUCAGAUCUGUGCCUUCUGAAAAAGGGACCAUGGGAUUUAUAGUUUGGAUGGGAAGACCCGAGAGUGUAUGUGUUUUCUUUUGCCAAAAUGAGCCAGCAAUCGAGCCUUAAAUGGACCUUGGGAUGUGUAGUUUGGGUGGGACUAUGUGUGAGUGGCUGCGUGCCUUAAAGGGGACCUUGGGAUGUGUAGUUUGGGUGGGAAUAAGCCAGAGGGUUUGUUGUCCAGCCAAUGUGUCGCCUGGCUCUGCCUUAAAGGGAACUUAAAGGGAGUUGUUGUUUCCAUGGGACCAGAGCAGAACAGCAGCCCUUGAAGGGGGCCUUGGGCUUUCUAGUUUUGGGGGGGGGGGGGCUAUGCUGAGAAAAGGUCCUCGGUAGCUCCUCCGUGAUCCUAUUGCAGCCUUGGGCUGACGUGUCCUUGGACUGGCCGCACUGUGAAUUCAGGCCACAGCAAGCCGUGUCUCCUUGUUGUGUUGUGUUGCGUUGCACUUUUAUGUAAAUGAGCAGCCUCUUCUUACCGGGAAUAAUGUGAUUGUUACUGAUUGAAAAAAUAUCGAUACAUCUAGAGACAUAUAUGGUAUUGCAAAGAGAAUUCUAUAUAAAUAUAUUCACAAAUUCUA